GGGAAAAAAUAUUUGGAAUUUCUAGCAUAGGACCUCUGAAGAGAACUUAUCAGUAGUGGAUGAUCACUCUUCCACCUUAAUUUCCUUUGUCUUUCAUCAGAAGGAUGUGUCAUAUGACUUGUGCACGGUGUGUGGGGGGCACCCUCAUCCCUCUGGCCAUGUCAGCCACCCUGACAAAUAUCUUACUCUUCUUUCCUGGCGCUAACAAAAUGGACAACAAUAUAAACCUUUCCGAAGAGGUCUGGUAUUUUGGAGGAAUAUUAGGAAGCGGGGUCUUGAUGAUUCUUCCUGCUGUCUCAUUGUUGAAUUCGAAGAAUAUUGACUGCAGUGCAAUCUAUGAACAGGAGGAUUGUGGAAAGAAGCUCAAAAUGCUAAACACCAUGAUGUUUCUUGGGACUGGCAUUGUAGGAGCUUUAUAUGCAUUUGCCAUCUCAGUGGUUGCUAUUAUUAGGGGUCCCAAAUGUCUUGUGGGAAACAAUACAUGGGAAUAUCCCUUUCAUGACGGGAACUAUCUCAAAGACAUAGAAUUGUGGAAUAACUGCAAAGAACCUAUUCAUAUUGUACCCUGGAACUUAUCUUUCUUCUCCAUCCAGCUCAUAAUAAGUGGCAUUCAGAUAUCCCUCUGUGGCACUUAUGUGGCCAAAAUUUGCUGUGGUGUUUCCUGCAAAAAAUGCCGAUGCCCUAAGAUCUGCAGAGGACCUAUCACAGUCAAACCCUCAUAUAUUCUUGCCUGGAUUAUCACAAUAACCUAAUUCAUUUCACGGCCACAGGUCUUUCCCUACUCCAAUCCGUGAUCCACGUUGCUGCCAAAGUGAUUUUUCUUAAGUGUAAGUCUAACCAUGUUCAUUAACCAUACUCUAAUAGGUCUCUAUUAUUUCUAAGGGGAAAAAAACCUCUGAUAUUUGCAAUCCUUCACAACUUGCCCCCUAUCUAUCUUUUCAAGCCUCAUUAUAUAUGAUUAUUCUUCAUGGAUUAUUUGAGGCAGGUUCAGGAAGGACUAACACCUGUGGUGUAAAUAAGAGCUUGCAGAAGCCCUAUUGAAGGUUACUUAUCCAUCUUUGGUGUCUACCAGCUACCCAACUCUCACCUGUGGCUUCAAUAAUGUAACUAUGGCUUAGUUACAAUGGUUUUGUGAUGAAGAGAGCCAUCUGCACCCAGAGAGAGGACUGUGGGAACAGAGUGUGGAUCACAACAUAGUAUUUUCACUUUUGUUGUUGUUGUUGUUGUUUGCUUGCAUUUUGUUUUCUUUCUAGUUUUUUUUUCUUUUUGAUCUGAUUUUUUUUUUGUGUGCGGCAUGAUAAAUGUGGAAAUAUAUAUAUAGAAGAACUGCACAUAUUUAACAUAUAUUGGAUUACUUACCGUCUAGAGGGAGGGAGGGGAGAAGAGGGAGAGA